AUGUUAAAAGCACUCUCUACAUUCUAUCUAAAUCGAUAGACACCAAUUGCUUAAUUUGCUAAAUAAAUCACAUUCGAAAAAUGGAAUGUCAUCAAAGGCGAUAAAGUUGUUAUAGUCUCAGGAAAGGAUUAAGGAAAAACAGGAACAGUUUUAAGAGUUUAUCGUCUAUCAAAUGAAGUGCUUGUUCAAGGGAUCAAUUAAAAAUUCAAAAGAAAAUCUUUAUUAGAUGAUCCAUCUGGAUCUGGUAUUCAAUAAAUUACAAGACCUAUUCAUCUAAGUAAAGUUGCACUUAUUGAUCCUGAAAAAGGAAAACCAACUAAAGUAUACAUUUACGAUAAAAUUUUCAAAAUAGGUUUAAAGAGGAUUUUUAGAGGAUGGUACACCAGUGAGAGUAUCAAAAUUAAGUGGAUCUAUUAUUCCAAAAAUUGUAGAUCCAGCUAAAUCACCAGCACAUAGACAUAAGAAUAAGGUGGAUGGAAUAAAAGAUACAUCACCUGCUCUUGCUUUAUAAAUCACUUAUAAAGGAGAAGAUUUUUCUGCAAUUAAAGCUGAAUUUGAAUAAUUCAUUGCUGAAAAAGAAAGAAAGGAAUAAUUGUUGUGGUUUGAUAAGUGAAUAUU